AUGGGCGGGCCAGCUAAUUUCGAAUCCGACGGCCGCCCACAAGGCACCCUGGACGUACAAACUGAGCAAUGCGAUCAGACGGCGAAUACAUGUGCCGUUACAGUCCCCGCACCGGGCGUAGCUCUCGUUUUCCUCUCCCAUGCCGCUCUGACGGAGGUUACCGACGCCGCUCCGUCCACCACAUUCUCUACUACAUUUUUAACAAAAACAGUAAAUACCCUCACUAUAGAUCCGUCAGUGUUGGCGACGUCCAACGGACAUGCGGCGAUGCAUGCCAACAAGGAUAAUCUUGGAAGCACGAGUAAGGGGAGUAUUAGUGCAGCGGAGGUGACUGGGAGAUUAGAGGGCGGUGCUUUGGUAUUGUCAGCGAUUGUUUUCGGAGCUUUGAUGGUGGGAAGAGGGUUGGUUAUGUGGUGA